UUAAUCGUGUAUUAAAUGGAAGUGUUGUAUUCUACGAACUCAAUAAGGAUCGUUUAUUCUCGGCUCGAUUUGAAACGGCUGUGGAGGCCAGUGCAAGAAAUCGCUGCCUGCUCUCAUCGAUUCCGGCUGUUGUCAGAUCCGCCUACACUGGCAGCUUCUUUUACACAAGAAAAUAACAUUGCAGAUAUGUUUUUGUCCGCUGCAGUUCGGUCCGCCGUUUCUUAUUCGGCGAGGCAGAUUCGCUACCUGCAUCAGACAGCAGUGCGUUCUGGAGGUGGUGGAGCAUUGUUUGUGCACAGAGACACUUCAGAGAACAACCCAGACACCCCAUUUGAAUUUACACCUGAAAACCUGACGAGAAUAGAAGCCAUCCUGUCUAAUUACCCAGAGGGACAUAAGGCGGCAGGUACAAUUCCAGUGUUAGACCUGGCCCAGAGGCAAAAUAAUGGAUGGCUGCCCAUCUCUGCAAUGAACAAGGUAGCCGAGGUACUGGAUAUGCCAGCCAUGAGGGUAUACGAAGUAGCUACAUUUUACACAAUGUUCAAUCGCCAUCCAGUGGGCAAGUACCACAUUCAGGUCUGCACAACCACACCAUGCAUGCUUUGCAACUCUGAUAGCAUCCUGGAAGCCAUCAAGAACAAACUGGGUAUAAAAGUAGGAGAAACAACUCCUGACAAACUGUUCACCUUGGUCGAAGUGGAAUGCUUAGGUGCCUGUGUAAAUGCCCCUAUGAUACAAAUCAACGACAACUAUUAUGAGGAUCUUAAACCUCAGGACAUUGAACAGAUUCUUGAUGAUCUGAAGGCAGGAAAAGUACCAUUACCUGGUCCAAGGAAUGGUCGUUUCUCUUGUGAACCAGCUGGCGGGCUGACUUCCCUGACUGAACCACCCACUGGACCUGGCUUUGCAGUGCGACCAGACCUUUAACUGUUUUAAAGAUCUAUUUGAGAUGAAUAAUACAUCUGUAGAUGUGGGCUUGAACAUUGAUGGUGCAUCACAUGCUAAAGAUUACAGUGCAAACAUGUUGCCUGUGUAUAUAUUAAAUACUUUUCCCCUAUAAUUAUGUAUUUUGUAGGAGGCUGUGUGGUCCAGCUCACUCACUGACUCACUGUGUGACCCUGAGCAAGUCACUUAACCUCCUUGUGCUCCGUCUUACGGGUGAGACGUUGUUGUAAGUGACUCUGCAGCUGAUGCAUAGUUCACAUAUCCUACUCACUGUAAGUUGCCUUGGAUAAAGGCGUCUGCUAAAUAAACAAAUAAUAAUAAACAAGUAACAAAAGUAAUUUAGCCUAAUGUAAAACCAGAUAUCACUUUAAGAUGCACAAUGUGUUAACAUUGUGCAUUUUAUUCUUAUUUAUUUUUUUAAAAGGUAUAUUGUAGUAAUCAAGGAACCAAAAAAAAUAAAAAAAUGCAAUGUCCUUGCAGUUAUAGUUCUUUUAAAUGGGGGACGGACUAUUGAGUUUGUUUGUUUGUUUGUUUGUUUAGUUCAUUUUAGACAUUAACUCAUCUUGAAUCAAACUUUUCUAGGGCUGUAUUCAAAGGUUCGAAGGUUUGUUCGCUAGCCAGGAAUUUUGAAGGUAGUUCUAAACCUUUGAAGGUUCGUCAGGCGGCAUUCACACACUGUCAGAUAUUUUUUCUUUAUUUUUUUUCUCUGUUAACAGAAACCGUUUGACAAUGUAUGAAUACAAUAAAUUGCACAUUAAAUGUGAAUCAAAUGCAAAAUAA